CCAUGGCGGGGGUGAGGAGGAAAAGGGGGUGAUGGCCAGGCAAGCGCCGCGCUUGGACCUGGUGGGAUGUACUUAUACCCGACGCGGCCAAUCACAAACCGCACUGCAUGAGUCACGCGGCAAGUGACCUCCUUCGACGCGCUCCCUUGAAUUGGUGCUAGAAAUUUGGGGCCUCCUUUGAGCGCGCCCACAACUGCAGGAUCGAUUAAUUCGGCUUCGCUCUCUGGGUAAGGUGACGUACGCCGCUCUGUGCACAUUCCGCUCCGAUGCCCCAGGGAGAAGAGGACGAGAGAAAGUUGCAAGCACGUUCGACCAUAAACCCUGAAAUCCAGCCGAAAGAAUCCAAUCUACAUUGCAAUUGCGACCGCAAAGCGCAAUGCGCCCGAAAACUGCAGAUCAAUCUGCGGAACAGAAACACACACAUAGACACACGCACACACACAAACACACAGUUCCACCGUGUGCCCUGCAAGCAGCUCCACUGCAACAGGUUGUUCCAGGCAUGCGUCAGCAUUUGCGCACAGAUGAAGACUUUCUUGGCGAGCCAAGACGGCAUCACCGACUUAUAAGGGAUCCUGGAGACAGAAAUACUCCAGAAAAAGACAAGGUGAGUGAAACUGACUCCGCCGGCCGCUUCGAGGGCGCAAGGCAGUGAGGUACUCUGCCGCCCAGCGUGAUGGGAGCUGCCUAGAUGUGUAUUGUCUCCCGGGUCCUGUCUGCAUGCUCCUGCCUACCAGGGGAACCAGGACAUCUACAAAAACAGCUUGGGGGAUACAGCUCAGACUCAUGGCUGCUCGAGGUUGCCCCAGGACUGCUGUGAGGUCGGGCAUGUCCUCCUGCAGGCGGAUUCAGAAAACAAAGAAAAAGUACUCGACAAAUCGUCCCCAGAC